CGGCGCGAGCGGUCAGCUGACUGCUCCGGCCUACACGUGACUUCUUCCGUGGGCGCCGGGGUCUAGCAAUCUGUGAGGCCGGAGCCUAGGCCGGGAGCGAUGGAGCGCUGAACCGUUAACGUCAGUCGGGCCGUCUGUGUUUGUCGUCUGACUCCUGCUGGCUGGAGCUGAGAACAGCGUCUACUAAUGCAGCGUGGCCCUGCUCCUCGGAGUGCCUGUCACUGCACACUGCACAGAACACAGUACAGCGGGCGCUUCUCGAAUCUGAUUCCGAAGAAGCUGCACACGGUGACAAGCAUGACCGAGUUCUGGCUCAUCUCGGCUCCUGGGGAGAAGACCUGUCAGCAAACAUGGGAGAAGCUGCACGCGGCCACCACCAAGAACAACAACCUUGCCGCCACUGCCAAGUUCAACAUCCCUGACUUAAAGGUCGGCACACUGGAUGUCUUGGUAGGCUUGUCGGACGAGCUGGCUAAACUGGACGCGUUUGUGGAAGGGGUGGUUAAGAAGGUGGCUCAGUACAUGGCUGACGUCUUGGAGGACAGCAGAGAUAAAGUGCAGGAGAACCUUCUGGCCAAUGGAGUUGACUUGGUUACUUACAUCACGAGGUUCCAGUGGGAUAUGGCCAAGUAUCCGAUCAAGCAGUCCCUGAAAAAUAUUUCUGAAAUAAUUGCCAAGGGAGUAACACAGAUUGAUAACGACCUGAAAUCCCGCGCAUCUGCAUACAACAACCUGAAGGGGAAUCUUCAGAACCUGGAGCGAAAGAAUGCAGGAAGUCUGCUGACUCGCAGUCUGGCGGAAAUCGUGAAGAAGGACGACUUUGUCCUCGACUCUGAGUAUCUCGUCACCUUGCUGGUGGUGGUUCCCAAGUUGAACCACAAUGACUGGAUCAAGCAGUACGAGACGCUGGUUGACAUGGUGGUGCCCAGGUCGAGCAACGUGCUCUCGGAGGACCAGGACAGCUACCUCUGCAAUGUCACCCUGUUCAGGAAGGCCGUCGACGACUUCCGGCACAAAGCCAGGGAGCACAAAUUCAUCGUGCGCGACUUCCAGUACAACGAGGUGGAGAUGAAGGCAGACAAGGAGGAGAUGACCCGGCUUUCUACCGACAAGAAGAAGCAGUUUGGACCACUCGUGCGGUGGCUGAAAGUGAAUUUCAGUGAAGCGUUCAUUGCGUGGAUUCAUGUGAAAGCUUUGAGAGUCUUCGUGGAGUCUGUUCUCAGGUAUGGUCUGCCCGUGAACUUCCAGGCGAUGCUGCUGCAGCCCAACAAGAAAACCAUGAAGAAGCUGCGGGAGGUGCUGCAUGAGCUCUACAAGCACCUGGACAGCAGUGCGGCCGCCAUCAUUGACGCCCCGGUGGACAUUCCCGGCCUGAACCUGAGCCAGCAGGAGUACUACCCCUACGUGUACUAUAAGAUCGACUGCAACCUACUGGAGUUCAAGUAACGCGCGCUGCCGCCACAGCUGCUCGUGUGCUGGUGUGUGUGCUAGGCUGUCUCGUGUGCCUCCUGUCUCUGCUUGCUCCUCCCUCCCUGGACGAGGUCUCCGUAGUGUUCUGUGUCUCUACAUUUUCUUUUUAAGGGAAAAUAUAUAUAUAUAUAGUUUCUUUUUAUUGAUCAGGUCUGUAAAUGUGCACUAAAAAAAAUCAGAGUUUAUUUAUGAACAGAAGAGUUUAUUUAAGAGCAGGUCUUGUCCUUGGGUCCCAUGGCGUGAGCUCAUGCCUGGAGUGGUGUCCCUGGGGUGCCUGGUGCACUCCCCUCCGUGCGCCCCCAUCUGCUGGGGACCUGACUCCAGUCGCCCUUGAACUGUGAGGUACAGAGACAGCUGUUCUCUGGACAGCGCACGGCCCUGUGACACCACAUUCUUCGUGUGACUCGGAGGUGACGGCUCCGCGGGCGAACAGAGUGAGCGUGGCCCAGCCGGCACCCGAUGAGAUGCCUGCCUCCGGCCCACAUGUGAUGUGAUUGUGCCAAAUCCGGGUCGCAGCACAGAUUGGAAGAUUAUUUUUGAGCCUCUGAUGGUGUUUACACUGGGUCGCAGGCUUUGGUCCUCUCCGGGGUGAAGCCCGAGGGCCAGCUCUGAAUAAAAUCCAGCAAAGCCGUGCCGUGCA